UUGAGAGGAGUGUAAAUACCCUGACGGUACAUUUUGUUUAUUUGAAUUGUAUGAUUAGUAUUUAAACAUACAAGUUUAUGGCAUAGUGACACAUUUAAAAACUAAUUUUAUCUCAUAGUGUUGUUUAUAUAAUUAUAUAAAAUGAAUACAAAACCGACCUUUUCCAAACCUGGAGAUAAUACAUGGCAAGAAGAUAAGCCAGAUAUAGAAGCCCAUUCGUCAACACAAUUUGUAUACAAUGCACACCAUUCACUUGCACUUAAUAUGCAACGUCAACGACUACCCAUAUUUAAGUAUAAGAGUCAUGUCAUUUACUUACUGGAAAAAUAUCAGACAUUAGUGUUAAUUGGUGAAACUGGAUGUGGAAAAAGUACGCAACUACCUCAGUAUCUUCUUGAAGCAGGAUGGUGUGCAGAUGGAAAAAUGAUUGGCAUCACGGAACCGAGAAGAGUUGCGGCUACUUCCUUAGCUAAUCGUGUUGCUGAUGAACGUAAUUGUAUUUUAAGCACGGAAGUUGGUUAUUCUAUACGUUUUGAUAACUACACAAAUGAAACUACAAAGAUCAAGUACAUGACAGAGGGAAUUCUACUUCGUGAAUUAAUGAGUGAUCCUUUACUAACAAGUUAUUCCGUAAUUGUAGUAGAUGAAGUACAUGAAAGGACACUUCUUACCGAUAUUAUUAUGGGACUUUUAAAAAAAAUUAUUCGGAAGCGAAAAAGUUUACGAAUCAUCGUUUGUUCUGCUACGGUCGAUGCGGAACAACUUCGAGAUUUUUUCAAUGCAAAUACAACGAAGGAUUUGACGAAAGAUACUGCGGUUAUACUUACUGUCGAGGGUAGACUUUAUCCAGUAGAUAUUUUCUUUAUAAAAGAACCAGUAGCUAAUUAUGUGACCAGUGUUGUAAAUACUGCUUUAAAAAUUCAUGAAAACGAAGAACCUGGAGAUAUUUUAGCAUUUCUUACGGGUUUGGAUGAAGUAGAUCAGGCAGUUUCUCUUUUAUCAGAGCAUGCAAAACUCAUAAAAGAAGGCAAACUGAAACUUUUACCUCUGGCUAUGUAUGGAUCUCUUCCGAACUCAGAACAACUGAAAGUAUUUUGGAGAGCUGCCAAAGACACUCGUAAAGUUAUCGUAGCUACGAACAUCGCAGAAACAUCUAUCACUAUUCCAAAUAUCGUUUAUGUUAUUGACUGUGGUUUUGUAAAAAUUCCGUGGUAUGAGACAGAAACACAGACGAAUUCUCUCGUGAUUGUUCCGGUAUCCAAAGCUUCCGCGGAUCAACGUGCUGGUCGAGCAGGACGUAUCCGAACAGGAAAAGCAUAUAGAUUGUAUACAGAGGAAGCAUAUGCAGAAUUAUUUGAGACAACACCACCAGAAAUGCAACGCUCCGACCUAGCACCAGCUAUUUUGCAACUGAAAGCUUUAGGAAUUGAUAAUGUACUAAGAUUUAAUUUUCCUUCUGCCCCACCAAGUAAAAAUCUUCUCAGUGGAUUAGAACUACUUUAUGCAUUAGGGGCAAUUGAUAGUAAUGGAGAAUUAACAACACCUUUAGGUAUGACAAUGGCAGAAAUGCCAUUAGAACCUGUUUUGGCAAAAUCUCUUAUAGUAUCAGGUGAAAUGGGAUGUUCUCAAGAAUUAUCAACAAUUUUGGCAAUGCUUCAAGUACAAAAUGUUUUUAUAAGACCAGCAGGAGGUCAAGCUGCUAUAAAGGCAAGAAUAGCACAUAGAAAGUUCGAAGUUGAAGAGGGUGAUCUAUUAACAUUACUUAAUGUAUAUAUUGGUUAUGAAAAAAAUAAAACCUCUAGUUGGUGUCAAAAACACUUUCUUAAUAAUAAAGCGUUACGUAGAGCUACAGAAAUUCGAACGCAAAUGCAUUCUAUGAUGAAGAAAUUAAAUAUACCACUAGUUUCAUGUAAUGGAAAUUUACAACAAAUUUUAAAAUGUAUAACCGCAGGACUUUUUCCAAAAGCGGCGUACUUACAUUACACUGGAGUAUACAGGACAGUACGUGGCUGCAGAUAUUUAUAUGUACAUCCAAAUAGUUGCUUAUAUACACUCCAGCAACCUCAGUGGGUACUGUUCUGUGAAGUUUUGCAAACAAAUAAAACAUACAUGAAAGACAUUACUGUGAUACAAUCAGAAUGGUUACUAGAAUUAGCACCUCACUUUUAUGAGAAAACAUCUCUUGAUCCUAUUUAA